AUAUUAUAGAUAAUUUUCGCUUAAAAAAUUCGAGGGAGUGAUUUGUUUGAUAGUUUUAAUUAUCUAUCAGAGAAAACGGGGCCGAACAAUAGUGACGGGUGCCUGUGCGUAGGUGUGGUGGUACAAUUCGGGUGCCUUAGGUGCCAGAUGCUGUAAGCCAUGGAUGAUAUUUUUCACUGGUGUCGAGAGGGUAACACGGUACAAGUACGACUAUGGCUUGAUGACACUGAACAUGAUAUGAAUCAAGGAGAUGAUCAUGGCUUCUCUUUACUACAUUGGGCAGCCAAGGAAGGGCACCUUGGGAUUGUUGAGAUGUUGAUUGCUAGGGGUGCUCGAGUUAAUGCUACAAAUUUAGGAGAUGAUAUUCCUUUACACCUGGCAGCAGCCCAUGGACACCGUGAUAUUGUCAAUUUUCUAUUGAGACACAAGGCUGACAACAACUUCAUCAAUGAACAUGGUAACACACCUUUACAUUAUGCAUGUUUCUGGGGCUACUCCCUGAUUGCUGAAGACUUGGUACAAUCUGGUGCUUCCGUAUCUAUUGCCAACAAAUAUGGGGAAGUUCCUCUUGAUAAAUGCCGAGGAGUCUUGGCAAAGAAACUUCAUGGCAUGGCUGUGGAUGGAGGCCAAAAUCUGGAAAAAGUUGCCUUCAAGGACCAGAGUUGGCUUGGAUUGAAAACCCGUAGUCGUGAUGCAACUUUAUCACGGCACAAAGGUAUCAAUAUAAAUGAGUUGGCACUGCAUACAAAAAUGGCAGUCAGCCCCUCUGGUGAACUGUGGCGUGGCAAAUGGCAAGGCAAUGAAAUAGUAGCGAAGAUACUGGCCCUUAGAGAAUGUUCUCCUCGCGUAUGCAGGGAUUUCAAUGAUGAGUUUCCACGCCUCAGAAUUUUUUCCCAUCCGAAUGUCUUGCCUGUAGUAGGAUGUUGCAAUUCUCCACCAAAUUUGGUAGUGAUUACUCAGUACCUACCCUAUGGCUCCCUCUAUACACUCUUGCACCAAGAAACAUCAGUUGUUGUGGACACAGCUCAGGCACUAAAGUUUGCUCUUGAUAUUGCCAGAGGAAUGGCUUUUAUUCACUCACUGGAGAAGCUGGUACCCAAUUUGUAUCUAUCUUCGAAACAUGUAAUGAUUGACGACGACCUUACUGCUCGAGUUAGCAUGGCAGAUGCAAAAUUCUCUUUCCAAGAGAAAGGAAAGCUCUACUCACCACAGUGGUUUUCACCAGAAGCCUUGCAGAAAAAACCAAAGGACCUGAAUGUGAAAGCUGCAGAUAUGUGGAGUUUUGCUGUAACUUUGUGGGAAAUGGCUACACGUGAGGUACCAUUUGCUGAUUUAAGUCCAAUGGAAGCUGGUAUGAAGAUUGCGCUAGAAGGGUUGCGUGUAAACGUGCCACCUGGGAUUUCUUCUCACAUAUCAAAAUUGGUGCGUAUCUGUAUGAAUGAAGAUCCUGGCAAGAGACCAUCUUUUGAUAUGAUUAUCCCUAUUCUUGAGAAAAUGUGCACUCAGUAAGUUAGUUUAGAUAUUACAGCAUAGACUUUGUACCUUGGAUAAUGAAGAUUGGUAUUCUGAUUUCAUAAGAAUGAGAUGCUGGUAUAAAUGAACUUGUGAUUGGUCAAUUUUUAUGCAGUAAUUAACAUUUGGAAAGUGUUCUAUAGAUAAAGAUUGUCAAGUACAGUGAUGUGCUACUCCUCACAAUUUCCUUCUGGAUUGAUAUUGAUCAUGAAAGCACAAAUCACAUGACCAUUCCAACUCACCUACUUAUAUAUAUGUGAGAUAAAUGUUUACACUUUUUUUUUCUUUUGGUAAUAGAAGAAACAAAGAAAAAGAACCUUAACAUUUUCUUAUUUUGAAUCGGCUUUUGAGGAACAAAGGCUGGCAAAACCGUGUUAGGGGUAUCAUUGGUAUAGUAAUAAAUGAUAAUCACAAUUUUUAUUUGAAACCAGCCAUCACACUUCUGACUGAGAGUCAACAAAGUUAAAUAAAAGUAGUUUUGCAUGAAUCUGCUGGAUACUUUUAUAGCACAAGAUUGUGAAUGAUACAAAUCUUCACAAACUACUCUUUAUAUAGGGUAUUUGUAUUACAAGAAUCACUUGUAAUUUUUACAGAUGCUGGUUAAGCCAUAAUAUGUGCACCCAGAGUUAAUAUAAAUAAAAUAUCAAUACAUUCACUUGGAGUAAUGAGCAUAGAAGUCAAACAGUUUUUCUUUUAUGAAAGUGUAGCAAAAGUAUUCUAGAAUUUUUUUUAAUGAACUAAGCAUAGUAGUGGUCAUAAAUUAUUUAUUGUAUAUAUAUUCAAUAGCAUUUUCAUUGUCUUGUUUUAUUUUUUUUUUGUCUUUGUGUUGAAAUUAUCUAAGUUACAUACUGCACUACUAAAUUUGAAGCAAAUACAUACAUCACUUGAAACCUCUUGCCAUAAUUUGUAUUAGGUGUUACACCUUAAAACAUUUUGAAGAAAAACAUGGAAAUAAGCGUUAUGGAAGGGGGUAAUUGUACUCGUGCAGAGCAAGUUUAACAUACUACAUAGAAAAAUGUUACCUGUAAUGUGCCAAGUAGGUUAUAUAGAAAAAUAUGCUGUUAUAUUUCCUAGAGCAUUUGGUAGAUUUAAAAUAUAAAACAGUAAAUGUCUUCAUUUAAAUUUAUUUCUUGAGGUAGUUAAUUCUUAAUCUCUUGUACCAGUCUUGUACAACAGAGAAAAUUACAUUGCAUGUCUUUUUUUUUUCUCUCUUUUUUUUUAUGAGUUGACUACAGAAAAAAUAGUGUCUCUUGUGCUACUAGAGUUGUUUUACACCAUGUAUUAUCAAGUAAUAUAGUAAUUUUAUAUAAAAUCACCAAACAUAAUAGCCAUACAGUAGUACAGAUCAGAUUGUAAAUGAUCUUGUGUAUAUUCUGCUUGGUACCUUCUUAAUCCUGUGACUAAUGUUUUUACCAAUUUUCUUGUAUGUAUCCUGAUGCCUUUUCACCAAUGAAGUGAUUUACCAAUAUAUUAAUGACAUUACAAAUGAAAGUAUUAGUAACCGGCAUCAAUGUGGACUAUGAGAAUUUCAAAAUUUAAUUUUUAAUUUUUAACAAAUAUUUUGAGAGCAUUUGUUAAAGUAAAAGAAAACGAGGCAAAGCUUUAUGCCUUUCUGAUAACACCAUAUUGAUUGCCAGUUAGUAAUUCUUCAUUUAGAUUAGCUAUAUGAUUUUAAUCAUGUAGUCGCCUUAUGUUAUUUUUAAAAUGAACAUCACAUGUUAUCUAUGCAACUUGUAACAUAGUAGGACUUCCUUACCUAUUAUCUUAGUAGGGUAUAUUUAAAAAUAGAGACUAACAAAAAUAUCUAUAUACAUACAUGUAUGUAUAUAUGUACAUACAUAUACAGUAUAUAUAUACAUACACAUAUAUUCACAGACAUGCAUGCACACAUUACAUGCAGCAAUCAAAGAACAAUUGGUUUGUUGGAAUGGGAAGAUUUUCCUCUGUAAUUUAGUUUCCUUUGUUUGUACAUAUGGUUUUUAAGAACUGAUGACAAAAGUGAUAGACAUCUGAUCAAGAGAGCAGUAAAGUAUUGUGUGAAUGACAGUUAAAAGAAAACAAAAACACUUUUAAUAUAAAAGUGAAAUUUUGUUAUUUGCACACAUGUUUGAUUAAUAUAUUAUCUUUGCAUUUUACUUUACUUCUCUAUAAAUAUACAAGUUAGGGAAAAAGCAUGCACAUAUAAUUUUGUAUUCAUCUAAAUUCACUGUUUAUUAGAUAUAUUGCAGACUGAUGAAAAAAGAUAUAAUAAAUGCUUGCAAGUCAAAAUAUAAACUACUGCAAAUAUGAGGUUACUCGAGUUAAGACUUCCAGAUAGGUGUUAAUUAGUAUAGAAGAAAAUGGAAGGGUAUAUAUUUACUCAGGAUCAAAUAUUACAGAUCAUUGCAAAAUGAAGGGUAGAAGUGAAGUAGUUCAAGGCUAAAAUUUAAUGGGAUUCCUCACAAUUGAAUGUGUGGGAAAAAUAAACUGGAAAGGGUAGAUGGUUAGGAAAUUCUAAAUGCAUUCGGAAGAAGUAUCAAAGGGGGAAUUGAUGAUGUAAGAAAGUGUUAGAAAUAAGAGGAAGGUUUUAGUAAGUGUGAGAAAUAAGAGGCAUUUUUUAAUAUUAGGGUGAUGUGAAAAUUCCAGCUAUACUGAUGAGGUAAAAAAAAAGAAAGAAAGAAAAAGGGGGCCUGAUGGACUGUUUCUUAAGCUGAUACAUAGCUGUUAAGAUGUCAUGGUUUCUUAUACAAGGAGUUCCAUUCUGUAGUUUUAAGUGGCGGCAACAGCAGUCAGUUUUUUCUGAGGUCAUCCACUCCUAGGAGGAAAUACCUUUAAAAAAAUAUAAUUGUAAAUACAUAUAUAGGUAUUAUAAAAUUUUAUUUCAUAGCCUCCUGAAUCCCAUCCCUUGGUGUACUAAUUCUGCCAAUUGAGACAAAAUUUUAAGAUUCUUUCUCUCCCUUAAAAUAGAAUUAGCUAAAGUGUGCACUUGUAUCCCCACAUAUAUUGCUGUCAGCACGUUGUACUUUACAUGUAAACACAUACAGAAUUGCAUGAGAAAAUAAUUAGUACAAUCCUCCUAUUUAGAUUUAAUUGAUAAUUUUGUUUUAGGUAUGCUUGCAUAACCCUUCCCAGGUGUAGAGGAAUAUACAGUGACUUAGAAUGCACGUUAAGGCACAUCCCUUAACAUGAGGUCAGAGAUUCACAAUGUCAGAAUACAUCUAUAAAUUACACAGAAGAAACAUUUAUAAACAUAUCAGAAUUCAUGUAAAUUGAAAACUCUUUGGAAACCUGUAAAACAAGUUUAGGAAAAACAAUGAAAUUACUCUGGUAAUGAUUGGUGUAUAUGAAACUGCUGGUAUAAAGUGUCAAGUUAUGAAUCCUCAGAGGCAAAAUGAAAAUUAUUUUGGUUCUGGAUAUAUGUUAUUUGAAUGUAUGUUAGAGGUUAAAAUUUAGUUUGUAACAUAUUGUUCCUUUAAUGAAGCUGAUAAUUUUAUUUUGGUUUCAGGCAAAGAAAACAAACAUGAUGCUAAUUUUGUGCUUACUGCUUAUCAGAUGAUUUAUUAUAAUUUUACACAAAUGACAAGGUUUUCCAGUGAUAUGAAACUGAGGAUGGUCUUAGCACAUUAGUUUGAUUUUUUUUAUUUUUGUCAGUGGUCUAGUUUAUAUAGUCACAAAUAUUUAAGUAAAAGAUACAGACUUUCUGCACACAUUAUUUGAAUUACAUUCCUUUAGAACUUAUAUUGGACAAGCAACACUCUGUAAUUGGUCCAGUAUCAAAGUAUGAAAUUUUACCAUGAAUCUGGUGUACCUCGCUAUUUUUUCUGUAGUAUUUAAAGGUAAUGAUGAGGAUUGGUUAAGCUUAAAGGUUGUGUUUCAUCUAGUACAGUUUCUAUUCACAUUUUGAAUUUUUUCUCUGAAUACCAGUCUUUCUUAUGACCUUUUUGAUUUUUAUGAGCUUUUACUUAUAUCUUGUAACAAAGCUGAAGAGUUAUGAGUAAGAAUGAUGCUUUUUUUAAAUAGAUAUAUAAUUGUGCCUUACAUGUCUCGUCUCAUAGUUUAGCAAUGUUUAAAGAUAGUAACUGUCGAGUCAGAAAUGACAGGUUCAACUACUUUUUAAAAGUGAGUAUUUUAUAUUAGCAUUAAUACAGUAAUGUUAUUUAAGGACUCUGAACAAAUAAUAAUGUGUAAGAAUAGAUUUCCUCUUUUCAUGUCAAAUUGAAGGAUCAUCAUAAUUAUGCUUUUUAUUCUAUCACUAUGAUUGCCUUUAUCUAAUGAGAAUUGGUGCAGUUUUUAUUGAUUCCAGCUUAUUACAGUAACUUAUGUAUAGUUAUAAAUUUCAGGCUUACAUAACUCCUCACAAAACUUAUGAUUAUGGCAGAGACAUUUGCUCAUUAUGACAUGGUUUAGGUUUUGUGAAAUUAAUAAGCAUUACAGAUUUGUGUGACCUGAUACCAUGAAUGUAGACUUAUUGGAAUUCUUGGAUUGUUCAUUAAAGAGAAAUGUUUUUCCAUCAGUCCAUUGUCUAACAGGAUCUUAUUGUUUCCAUUUUGUAGUGGAGACAAUUUUGAGUUUGUAUUUUGCAGUAUGUAGCACUUAGGGAAUCUCUUGUGUGAUUUUUAUGAAGUGUUCUUAGUCAGUGCCUUUUGGAAAAAUAAUUUAAUGUCAUUGGUUUUGAAAUAUUUAUUCUUAAUCUCUCUAAAUGAUCUAAUUACCAGUAUUAUAACUUAUUUAAUAUCUGAUACACAUGGACUGUUGAGUCUACUAAUAAUUUAAAGUGUAUAAAGUACUGCCAUUUUAUAAUACUGUACUAGUAAAUUCCUUAACCAAAAGAAUUAUGUAUACCAGACCCAUUAACAUUUACAGUACAUGUAUGUCCUCUAAAA